GGUUAUUACAAAACAAAAUAUACGAUUAACAGAAUCAUAGCAAAUAUUAAACACGGCAGAAGUUUGCUUUCAUUAUGUUUGCAUAGUCAGUCAUAAACAAUUUUCUGAGAUGUUGUAAUUAUGGAAUUUUAAAAAUUAAGAUAUCUAAUCUCAGUUUUCCGACAUUGAUGCAGUCAUUGAUACAAUUAAUUUCUUUAAGGCCAUGCGUUUUCCCGGUACGGAUACACAGCUCUUGCAGGCAUGCAAAUCAAACGUGCUACAUGCUGUUUUGAUAUCAUAACGUAGUUCGAUUGCUCCCUGAUAUAUGCGAUGAAACGCUUCAAGGAAUUCCACUUUGUGAGAUAAAUAUGCCCUCAUAAACACACGCGUGUGUGAGUUACACGACAUGCACUCGAAACAGCGUUGCGAUGAUAAGCGACGGCCGUAGGAAACUCACGAGAGAGAUAGAGAUAGAUAAAUAGAGAGAGAGAGAGAGAGAGAGAGAGAGAGAGAGAGAAAGAGAAACAGAAAAGUAUUUAAUAUAUUAAGAUAUUUUGCACCAAAUAUUUUUAUUUUAACAAAUUCCAUAAUAUUGCUUACCUCACUUCACCAAUUUCUUUUAUAUUAAUAUAAAUAUUGUAAGGGGGGAAUGAGAGAUAUAGAUAAUAUACAGCGUAAUAUAUAGAAAAACAAAAUGGCAAAUGGCACUGGUUGUAAAAAUAAAACAAAAUUAACUUUUUUUGAUAAAUAUACCAGCUUUGGUCGCAAUAGCAACAAGCGACUUGGCAAGAUGACUUGAAGCAAGAUGACUUUGCGUCGAUUUGCUGUCAUAUAUAAUAGCGUUUUCCCUUCAUAGCUUAAUUCAAAUGCCAUGAAUACUGUAGCAAUCUCAUGUGACUGUUUAUUCCGAUAAUAGCUUAUAAUAAAACACUCUUUUUUGAUCCCACUAAAUAUACGAGAGAACUUUAUGAUCCUUGUAAUAAAUGCUCGCGUUUUUCUAUAUAGAAAUUUGGACAAGGAUCUGGUCACUUCUUUUCAUUUAUUGCUAGAAUCUGACAAGAAAAUCCCGUCUGAAUCCGGCUUGAAAACGUCCGAUUUUUAAUAGAGAUUCCGGGCAGAUAAACUGACAGGAAUCCAAUCAGACUUACUAACCAGAUAUGGUUUCCUGGUCGAUGUUUAUAUUAUUAUUUUAAACUAUAGUGGAAGAAAGAGAAAUCUAAAUUAAAAUGUUUUCUAUUAUUAUAUUUACAUAUUUUUAUAAUGUAAAAACACAUUAUUCACAUGAAGCUUUAAAUUGCCACAAGAAAUUCAUAUAAUAAUCAUUUAACUUAGAUAUAGAAAAAACAACUAUUCAUAAAAUACAUUUCAAUGUAGAAUUAAAAAAAUAUUACGUAUACUUAAGCUUUGUUCAACCGGAAAUGAUUUGUUGAUUCAAUAUUGUCAACGUCGAAAUAAUAUCGGAAUAAUGUUCUGGUAAAACUGAAUUUGCGUGUAAGAAUAAUGAUGACGAAAAGAAAACUGGCACAAAAGAAUAGAGAGAGUUAAACUUGUGCUUCUCAGAGCACAGUUUCACUAAUUAUAAUAAAACUAUCGCGUUUUUUCAGGUUAACACACUCUACUAAUUAUAUAAGUGAAUGCUGCACAUGGAAUUCGUAUGAUCAACCUCAUCCAACAUAAUUUUUCUCGGUUAGACGAUACUAGCGCCAGCAUGAACCUGGAGAUUUCCAACUGGAAAUCCUGGAUUUGAAUGCUCAGACAUUUAUUAUCUUACUAAAUAUCUAAAUUCCUUGUCAUGAAGUUAUGAGAAAGAUCUACACUUUUCUAUAAAUUAACUAAAAUCAAGUUCUAAGUUAGGGAAACAGGUUGAAAUCCUUUUAGUUUUUCUUUAAUGGGGAAAUUCCAUCGAAAUCCAACAAUAAAUGGAGAAAAAAUAAGGGUUGUCUCUACACGAGUUGUGGAUAUUAAUAGUUAAUCGAGAUCAACACAUGACUUCCUGUGUUUAGGAUUGUUAAAAUAGAUCUGUUUUUCAUUUUCCAUAAAUAUUCGUCACAAAAAACUUUUUUGUGCCUGGCAAGCAAGAAACUAAAGCCGGUUCGCAGUCGUGUUUACAAAUAUUUCAUGAAGAAGUUAUUUUUUUUUCUUCUAGAUCUUUUUCAUUACUAUCAAAUGCUAGAAUACUGUUAAUUCAUCAACUUCAAGCUAUUCUUUAAGCUCUUUUAAUGUUUGAGCCGUGUUUUUAUUGAGCAAUGAUUCCAAUUCGUUGUUCUCCAUCUCAUUUGGACGAUCAGAACGUAACUUGUCGUUGAUAUCGUAAUCAAUACAUCUAAACUUUUUAAACCACUUCUUAUAGAGAGCAGCGGGCACAAUAUUCUCUCCAUAGAUCUCACAAAUCAGUUUUUCAGUUUUGCAGCAGUUUCAUCUGCAAUUAAAGUGGUAAAGCAUGCAGUGGCGAAGAUAACCUUUCUUCAGUUCCAUUUUCAAUUGCGUUAAAUAUAAUGUUAUGCUUAAAACUAUAAACUGUCAACCAGGACUGGGUAAAAUGCUUCUCAAAUUACAUUUAAAAUACCAAAUGUAAAAAUGUAAAAUACUUUAAAAAUUGUAUUUAAAAUACAAAAUAUAAAACGGUUUUUUCGAAUCCAUUUUAAAUAUAAAUUUGGUAAAUAGAUAUUUUAAAUGGUUUUCAAAUGCAAAAUGGUUUUUCUUAGUAUAUAUAGUUUAUUUAUAUAUUUUAUAAUUUUAUUUGAGGAGCAUACCGUUUAAUUUGAACAAUAAUUGUUUUUCAAAUGUAUCAUCGUGCAUGUUUCAAUGAUUGAGGUUCAUAAUCAUACCUCUAUAUGAAAAUAAUCGUUCUACUGACGUAGAUGACGGAGAGAGAAGCGCAGUAUUAUAUUUUAUAAAAAUUUCUUGAAUUGUAGGAAAUGCAAUAAGCGAGUCCAAACAUGUAUCCUCAUUUUGCAAAUACUGCAAACAUUGCAGUUUAAUCAUAUUUUUAAUAGAGGUAUUUGCAACACUUUCAUCCGAAGAUGACCUCUUUCAAAGGCAAUGAAGCUUUCACAGCGUAGUACUUCGGAUACAUUCGUCGAUUCAUUUGGAGAUUUUGACACACAGGUUAGUAAAGAUUCAGCUUCAUUAACAAGCAAUUCUUUGAUAUUAUUUCUUUUUUUUUUUAGUAUUCAUUAUAACUUAAAGAACGGAUAGCUAACAGCUGCUAAAAUAGCAUCGUUUACUCGAUAAGAAAAAUCGAAGUAAUCUUUUAUUUAAGCCUUCCAGCAGCACGACUAUUAAUUUUUCACAAUAUUUUAAAUGGCGGAAUUGUAGUUUUUGCAACUUUUUUAACCUUAUAACCUCAGAUUUAAUGCAGCUAGACUACAUUUUUUGUUAUAUCUGCGUUUCCUCGUUAUUUUAACUCGGAGAAAUCAUACGCAGAUAGAACUAUAAUAUUGAUUCAAGAUUGAUUCGACGUCGAAAUGAUCGAUGAGCCGUUGAAUCAAUGUUAAUUCAACCUUCAUCGGCAUCGAAUUAACCUUGAAACAACAUGUAGUUCUGAUUAGAUAUUUACUCAUCAAACUAUUUUUCAAGUUUUUCUUGUAUUUUUUAAUAUGCAGGAUUUUAAUGGUUUUAAACUUUGAGAAUAUAUAAAGAUAUUCAAGAGAAAUGAGAAAAAAAUCGCAAUUAUAAAUUCACAAUCUUUUUCAUCCGAGUUCUUUUAUGCAAAAAAGGGGUUUAUGUAAUGUUUUUUGGUGUUAUAUGGGCCAUUCACGAAAUUGUUGUUCAUUUCUUGUUGUCCAUCGAAAGUUAAACAAGGAUAAUUAAUGUUCGCGAACAUUAAGUUCAACGUGGCUAUAGAAGAAAUUGUGUUUUGGUCAAUCACAGAACAUGGUUUCUCUUAUGCGUCAAUGACGUUAGUGGAAAUUUGUGAGCGUUUAGAAAAACCAUUUACCUAUUUUAAAAAUGAUUAAAUGUAUAAAUAUUUUCAUUUCAAAUUUAAAUUGAAAAUGGUUUUCUAAAAAGUAUUUAAAAGAAAAAAUGCAAAAUGCCAUUUCCAUUUUAAAUAUAUUUAGAAUGGAACUAUUUCAAAUGUUACUCUGCUAUCAACUUAUUAAUUCUAAUAAUUCUGAUCGAGUAUAGCCAAUAUUUAAAAACUAAAAAGCAACUUAAAGGAAAACAAUUCCUAAAUUGUUACUACAGCCAUUUGUUUGUUAUCUUACAAACUUUUAUAAGUACUUAAUAACAUUAAAUCAAUUGAAGUGACUAAUUUUAAACAGAAUAAAUGAUAUGCUAACACUUUAACAAACAAUUUUCAGUUAAAAAAAAGUAAUAAAAUUUCAAAUAAGAAAUGUAAAUAUAUACUUUUAUUAUUGUAAACAAAUUUACCUGAUUACUUUAAUCAGAAUGCAAGUAACCAAAUUUGUCUGGUUACCUUAACCAAAAUUAUGGUUCAUUUCUCUCAAAACAAUUCAAUUGAUGUAUUCUGAAUUCAGAUUAAUUGUACCAAUUUUUUCCGUGUGUUAAUAUAAAAAAUAUUAAUGAGAUGUACUUCUUUUUUAAUAUUUAUCAUCGGCUUAAGGAAUCAAAGUGAGAAACUUUUAUACGCGAACAGCGAAUUUCAAAAAUUAAUGUUUGUUAUUAAAAUGGUACAAAGAAUAAAAAUGAUAUAGUUACAACAUCGAGGACGUUACACUUGUUCAUCGCGCAUCGGUAAUCGAUCACUCGUUAUUGGAACGUCAUCAUUGUCGUUACUUUCGAUGAAUAAAACUAAGUGGAGAGUUUGAUUUCGAUUCGUAGGUAGAUUUUCGAUGAUAGGCACGAUGCGUCCGUCCAUGCGACGCUACGCGUCACGUCCUUGAUGGGUGGCUCACACUCGUUCUCGCCGGAGGGGUGGUUUUCCAACAGCGCCCGCGCAUCCCCCUUGCCGCGAAGCAUCGCGGCGGCGGCGUAGGUGGCUGCGUUCGAAAUGUCGGCCGAGGAGAGCCGCGCUCUCCUCGGAUUCUCCCUUCAGUGUGACGCGCGACCUAACGCCGGUAGGACCGACGCCGCCCUCGCCCCCGUGUGAAGCUAAACGCAACCCGCAGAACAGCCACGCGAAAGACCGAAAGCUCGGAGGGAUCGAACAGAUUGAGAAUCGCCUUGACGGCAGUGAAGGUUGAAGCGAGCCGACGAAUAAUCGACGAGAGGAUCAAGGAGAGAUUGUAUUCGAGCGAUACUAAACAAGGCUUUCUUCUUGUCAGAAAAAAAGAAAGAGAGGGAGGGUGCAGGAAAGAUCGACAAGGAAAAGGGAACCACCACCUAAGAAGGAAAUUGACGAGGAAAGACUUCCGCGGCUGAGAAUAGUCUGUGGUUCAGUCUCGAUUUACGGAAGGGAGCAGUGCCGGGAAAGCGAAGCUCAAGACGAGGUCGAAUAUCGCGAUGUAAGCCGAGAAUAACCCCUUCGUCACGGACGGGAUGCGAGACGAUCGAGGAUCAGAUCGAUUGCGAAGAGUGAGUAAGCUCAUGGCGAGAAGUAACACCGAAGGAUAAAGGACGCGCACAAACACAGGAAUGCGCGAAGCGAUUGUUCCGAGAAUAAGAACCGAGGCAGUUCGAGAAAUAUAGAGAAACGAAAUCUGAGAAGAUAGCAAGUCCUGUCGCAACAGAAAUUUGCAGUACGAAACAUUCGGCAUGACGUCAUCGUCCAUAAAAGUAGAAGAUGCCGGGAAUUACAGCGGGCUGCCGUCGCAAAUUGAAAAAUGCGCUUUCGUGCCGCGAGGCGGGCACGAGUAGUCGACGAGUGAGGUAAUCGCGGAGCAGAGCGGAUAAUCGACGAGUAACAUCACGCGAUCGCGGCGAGUAAAUGAUAAUUGCCGUCGUAGCCGAGCAUUCGAUCGACUUCUCGACAAGCAAAUCCGAAGAAUCGCGUCGAGCUCCUUCCGCGACUUGGCACACCAAUCGAUCGCGCAAAGGAUAACGGCUAUCGUAGCGAGGACCCUUCAGAUAUCCUUGGUAAGACCGAUUCGCGGCUUAUACGCCAUUAGCAAGCUCAAAAGUGACGACGACGACGACGGCAGCGGCGACUUGCUUGCUGCAGCCACUCGGAUCCCAACGCAAACCUCAACGACGCAUCUAAUUGCUGAAAUCAGAAAACCAGAUUUCUUUAAAGCUCGCGCUCUCACGUUGACAACAAUCUCGCUCCGUCCUGGAAAAAAGACAAAUAUAAGAUCUUUAUAUUAGUCAAUACGAUGAAAGAGCUGAAGCACAAAAUUUUGUAAAAUCAUUUAAUACGAGGAGAGUAUAAAUGCAGCACGAAACAAUCUUACCUGUUAUUCAAUAAACGACAAAUUAGCUUUCCUUUGUUAUCACGACAUAUCAUUUCUGAAAUCAUUUCUCGUAGAAAAAGAGAAACAUUUGGACAAAAGGCAUUUGGACAAGAAGAAAAUCACAAAAGCUCGCGAUGCCGCGCGCUUAAUGGAUGGAGCGCUUUUCAGUCCGCUUUGAUAUCGCGCUUCGCUUCGGGCGUACAAUUUCUAAACGGACUCAACGAGUACGACGAAUUUCUUUCGUGGAUUUUUUCCGACUGAUCCAUCGACGAACUCAGCGGAGAGAGCUCCAAUUAAAGUUACAAACAGUCGAUUCGGCCGUGCGUGUCGACCCGCACGGCAAAGUCUCCUACGUGAGGAGACGUGGGACGCGGGGCGAAAUCAAGGAUACCACUAAUCCGGAUCCCGUUGGAAUUUUCGAUAACGUCAUACACAACGUAAUCCGGCAUGCCCGGGCGAAGUAAUUUAAGCAACGGGCCUCUCUCUCUCUCUCUUUCUCCUUCUCGGUGAUCUCCGCGCGUUUCUAAGUGGAUCCCGUUGAGAUUAAUGCGAACACGAGUUCAUCGAGCUGUAGUGGAAUCGGUGCUCGAAUUCUGCGCGUAAUUUCUAAUAAUAACGAUCCCGGCUUCACGAAUUCCCGCUCGGAAACGUGUGCGUGAGAAUGACAAGAUGCAAACGAAUCUGUGUGCUAUAUCGCACUAAUUGAAUUGAUCAUUUAUUCAUAACGAUAACAUAAUCUUCAAAUAUCGGAAUUUUCACCAAAAAAGCCAGGGAUGUUAUCAACUGGUUUGGAGUGUCACGAACAAGUGCUUCAGAAUUAAAUCGGAAGGAAUGUCAUAACAAGACCGGCGUGAUUCCAGGCAUUCCUCCUGCAUUUCCUUCGAUCAUUUAUCACAUAAGCUCCAAUAAGCUUCGGGCUUAUGUAAUACAUAGAUGAGAAGCUCAGAGUUGAGGUAAUCCAGGCGACAAACAGGUGUUACCAUUGAAUAUCGCGGAGCAGUUCGACACGAUACGUGGUCGACGACGACGAGGACGUACUUAAAUAUCCGUUGGAAUCUUGUCCCUGAGGAAUACAUAUAUACGUGAAGCAGCAACCGAGAUUCUCGACGAGUGGAUAACCUACAGAAUCGAUCCAGCCGCGAUCACGAUACCAGCGUGACCAUCCGCCACGUACGCCUGAUGUAACCUUCCAUUUGAGGCGGAACGUGACUUCUCAUAAGAACAAGUAUAAAGAAUAUGUCCUAGAAGUAGCAGCGAAGCUCUGACCGUAAUCUCCGAGACGUGAACUUCGACGUGCAAAAUGGAAAAUUUCGACAACGAACGUUUGUUCAACGUUGUUUUCCGAGGAUAUCCCGCUCAAUAAUAUUCGAUGGGCAGAGUAAUAACUAUGUUAUUAUAAAUAUUUGUCAGCGAGAUUCCAUAUAAAAUCCGCGUGGCAAAAAAACUGAUUUUUCUCUCUUUUUCCCUCUCUCUCUCUCUCUCUCUCUCUCUCUCUCUCUCUCUCUUUCUCUCUCUCUCUCUCUCUCGCGGUCUAAGCACCAACUCGGGAACACUCUCCGCCUCGGCGAUUGCGACUUCCCAGCGGCUAUUUCGGCUAAACCGGAUCUCGCGGUAGCGACGCACUGCAAAAGAAGCGAAAAGCAAAGAAAACGGAUCGAAAACGUUGGUCGAGAGGAAUUCCACGUUUCCGCUACCUGCACUAGUAGGAAUACCGUAAUCUUCAAGGCCCACAGCACGUAUCCGUUUUGCUACGACAAAUCGACAUACGAAGUCGAGUCGUUGGGAAGUAUCAUAUACUAUCGUGCGUCACAAUCAGCUUAACAAUUGUUAGAUGCUGCAAAGCAUCAAAUAUCACAGCAAAAAGUAUACUGGUUGCAUGUUUUCACGAGAUGAAUAGAAUUAUUGUAAUUCCUUGCAACGAACUCACGUAAAUAUGAGGGCAUAAGUGAAAGACAAAAGCUAGCAAGAACGAUGCUCCAUUGAGCGGAAACUUCGCGGGAAACCGGCGGCAGCAAAUUUUAAUCGAAGCUCAGGAAGUACAUGAAUAAUUUGAGUCGCCUGACACACCGCACGUCAAGUCGCGACAAAUAUAUCGGUUUUUUCGCGUUUCUCUCGUGCAGCGAGGCUGAAAGAGUUGUAAAAUUUACGACCGCAGAAAGAGUAAAACAGCUAUUGGAAAGAAUCCACUCUGAGAGACGUGCGAUUUUAAUGAUCGCGCGCAAGGUGUAAAGCAUAGCGCGCAUAACCGACAGGGACAAAUCCGCACGGCAUCCGCAUUUUCGCUUCCCCGAAUAAACGCAUAUUACCGUAAAGGAAAGGAUAAAAUUGAAAAGAGAGAAUCGAUUGGUCGAAAAAAGAAAAGCAAAAGAAGAGUCAGUCGUCGAGAAGUCAUCGCGAUCUCUUGGGAACAGUGUCCAUACAAGCCCUAGAGUGGAAACGCCGGGUGAACGCGCCGAAGAGGACCCGUCGACCCGGAAGACCGGUCUACGUGGUCUUGUACGUCGACUGAGCAGCGGCGGUGCGGUCGGACGUCGCACGAUUGGCACGUACGGCCGCGGUGGGAGCAGCGGCCCCAGCGGGCCCAGUGGCGGCGGCGGCGGAGGCGGCGGCGGUGACGGUAGUGAUAACACAAUUCCCAUCAGCUGCUUUGCGACUGGACAGCGGCCGAUAGUGGUGGCCGGCAACACCACGGUGUCCGCAUCCGGGGUCUCGGGCCGCGGCACCCUCAGUCGACGUUCCAGCCGCGACCUAAGUCCCUCAAAGUCGUCGUCGUCGUCGUUGUCGUCGUCAGCGGCGGCGGCGGCGGCGGCGGCGGCGGCGGCGGCGGCUGCAGCGGCGGCAGCGGACCAAGAUGCGGCCAGUUACGGGGGCGGGGGUGGUGCCGGUACCGUAUCGUCCGGUGGUACCGGCACAACCGGCCAGGAUUGGCGAAAACUAGUCGGCAGCAUACGGCGCAAGGUGCGCCGCAAGACCGCCCAGAGCAGCUCGAGCAUUUCCGAAGCUGCUCUGCAGGAGACCAACCGCAAUCCUGAUGACUUUCUCAAUGCCACCAUGAGAAUCUUCCUGGUGGUGUCGCCGCCGAUGGGUCGCGUUCAGGUACGUUCAAGUUCCUUGACCUCGCUGGACGCCUUGGGCAGCAGCAUGCUGGACACGGGGGAGCACCAUCUGGGAAGUGGUCCCUCGCAGCAGCAAUCCCAUCACCUGCACCACCAUCAGCAACCCCAUCAACUGCAACACCACCCCCACAAUGUCAUCGAGUGCAGUCCUCGAUUUCUUGUGCCGAACGCGACGCCCGCCGAGGGUGCACAUUCUAAUCGUACCAGGCAUAAACUCUCGCGGUCUCAAGUGUCCAGUAGUGAGUAUUUCAGCGUCAGCUUCGAAGUAGGCGACGACGCAGCUUCCUUCGAUCGCGAGGAGUUUCUGCCAGCCACGAAGGGGACUUAUCUAGCGGAUGUGCUGAGCACUACCUGCGAACGUCGCGGUGUCGAUCUGUCGCGCAUCGACGUUCUGGACAGUUUUUCGACGCCGCUACCUCUGCUGACGACAGAUACCUCCAUUCUUGGUGGGAAACAACUACGAAUAAUCGUUAAAGAUGAAAAAACGAACUCUCGGACGCCGAAUCAAAGAGGUAGUCAGAACGUGUCGUUGCGAAAAACCAGUGGGAGUUAUCGGGGUCGAAGCGGCCGUUUCUUCAGCGUCUCCACCGAAGACUCGAGCGUCGACUCCGAGGUAGGCACUUGCACGACACUUGCUUCUGGCCGGAGUUCCGCUGGGGCUGCGGGACUUAAAGCCAGCAAGCAACGUUGGAGCGGAUUCUUUACUAAUACCAAGGGUACUAAAAUGGACCUUCUAACUGCCCAACUUGACGAGUACAACAAACACGGCGUACCGAAGUUCACGGACAUUUCGUUACACUGUGACCUAGCGAUCAACGAAGAAGAAGCGCUGUAUAGUUUAGAAGACGACUGGCGUGACAUCGUAGAGAAUUCCGAUCAACUCUCGGAGAAGCAGCAACAGCAACAAACCGCUCUGUGGGAGUUAACGCAGACUGAAGUAGCUUAUAUUAAAACAUUAAAGGUCGUAACCGACCUCUUUAUGGCGUGCCUGUACGACCUGCAGGCCUCGAAUAUCCUGAACGAGGUCGACAGGUCGAAACUCUUCAGUAAUAUACCUAAUAUCUACGCCGCUAAUCGCUACUUCUGGACGGAGCAUCUGCUCGUGAUGUUGCACGCAUCGAGAUCGAGCGGGCAGCCUCUCGAUCCCGGCCAUCUUCUGCAGGGGUUCGAAACUUUCGAGCAAACGUUUGCACCUUACACGAGAUACUGUGCCGAGCAAAGCAAGUGUCAGCAAUAUUGUCGGGACCGACUGAACGAUAACCAGCUUUUCACGGCGUAUUUAGUGUGGUGCGAAACACAAAAGGAGUGCAACCGAUUAAAACUUCUGGACAUACUCGUAAAGCCGAUGCAGAGACUAACAAAGUACUCGCUCCUCCUGAAAGCCAUUCACAAGAAUACUGAGAACGACAAUCAACGAGUGGAAUUGACCCAGAUGAUCAAGUCAGUGGACGAUUUUGUGGCGUCUGUGAACGCGGCUCUAAAGAGAAGCGAAGAAACCGCGCGACUAGCCAGCGCGGCCUCGCGUCUCGAAAACUAUGAUGUCGUGGAGUCUAGAGACGAGGAAUUGGAGAAGCUAAUCAAAAUACACAGCAGUCUCGAUAUUACUACAGCGCCAAUACCAGGCUGCCCGAAGGACACCCUCAGAACUCUGUUACGAGAGGGAGACUUAAAGUUAAAAGAUGCCGCCACUAGUAAGAUGGAGGUGCACGUAUUAUUAUUGACAGACAUGCUACUGAUCUGUAAACCUUCAACAAAGAAAACGUCGUCGAGCGGCAUGGUAGGAGGCGCCGGGUGCGGUUUGAAGAUCGUUAGGCAGCCGUACGUCAUCGACCGCAUACGAAUCUACGAGCUCAAAGAAUCGUCUAGUCUAGGAUUGGUUUAUCUUAAUGAAUACGGAGCGGCCUCAGCCGCUUUGAUUCUCAGCACUGGAGAACCGAAACUAGCUAAGUCGUGGAUGGAGUCCCUAAGAAAGGCUCAACAGCAAUUCGCAUUGAUGAAAGUGCCGCCGCUCAACGAAUCUCUGAUGAACCUGACGACCGUUAGCAGACAACCGAGUACGUUCUUAGGUGACGGCGAUUACGAAACGGAGGAAUGCGAGGGUAUGCCGAGAACUCCACGAGGUAGCAGUAGAGCGUCGCGCGUUAGCAGUCUUGCUCAUAGUCACAGCGGCAGCAUGGAAAUGGAAGGAGUGUCUCCGGUAAGUAGUAGCUUUGUGCCAAGCUACAACCCAAGCAGAAACGUCAGCGUGGACACGAACGAACCGCCACGAGCGUCGAGUGUAUCGUCAGAAGAAGGCGGCGAAUGCAGCUCCGGGCACAAUCAUCGGCCCUUGCAGAUAAGGCGCUCGUUAUUGAGUAAAUCGCCGACACCGAACACCUUGUGCGUGCAAGUGCCAGCGUACUCGAGUCUGGGUCAAUCGCUACCUAACCUCACGCUGGCCACCUCACCGCAAACCUCCACCGUGUCGCCCACGCCGCCGAAUUCGUUACUCAUUGUGCCGCAGAUUACGAAGAGCAAGGAUACCCUACUUUCGCCAGGACACCGAGGUAGUAUAUCGUACCCGCCGCCAUCACCACCACGAGGCGCUCUCAGAAGGGCGUUUGCUUUACCGCAGUCUCGGAAUCCGCCCUUGAUCAAGACGAGGCACGUAAACGCAUCCGUGAUGCAAACGGUGCAGCCGAUCAUGAGCUUCGAGACUGAAGCUGUUGAAGAGAGACGGAAAAAACUGGAACUUUCGCAAAGAAUGUCGUCCACGAGCAGUAUUGUUGAAGAAAAGAAAUGAUAUGAAUCAAACAAGAAGAACCUCCCAAACAUUUGAAUUGAUCUGGAUAGCCGCCGACAUGGGUGUACGUGAUACGUAAUGUUUAAGAACAAGAUGUCACUUCUCGCUGACUAUGUGUAAGUGCUGCACACACUUUCACACAGGAAAACCGAGGAACAAUGACCUCUUCGAGGACUGAUUGUCUCGUACUCUUUGGAAGCCUACAAAACGAGUCAAGCAAUUUUACAAUCGAUUGGGGCCAUUCGAAAUCAACGUGAAGUUUGUACCACGACCGUACCACUACUUUAUCUCGUUAGCUUUGUAAUUUCUUGUAGAGAAUCUCUUUUUGUAACACUUAUCCACGCGGUAAUAAACAAAGCCACGUGCAAUAUUAAACAUAGACAAUUUAGACUCUUAAGCGAAACGAACAGAAAGGCCUACUUAGCGUAAUUACAUUAAGAUUACAUAGCGGGAACUUUAGAACUUAACAAUUUUAAUAGUUGGAGUACAUAAGCCUCUAACGAUUUUACCUAAAAAGAUUCAGUAACUAUACUUGUGAAAAUCUACGAGCAAGACAAGUUGUAAUAGACCUUGAAGUUUCUUGUGUCAAUUCUUGAUGAAACGUGCUUGGAUAAGCAGUCUUCUCAAACACGCGCGAAAAGAAGAGGGACACAAGAAGAAUAGGGAUGCUUACUUUAAGUACAAAUCC